AUGAUUCCUGGGGUGCUACGGAUACAAUUAGGUAUAUAUGAAUGGGAAACGCUACCGCAACCGACAUUUAUUGACGCACUGCGAUGGCAAAGUCCCAACGGGGCGCUCGAGACUUCAAAAGUCGAACUAACCCAACAAACUGACCCAGACGAUCACAAAGAACUUACAAUAAUCCUUAAAUACACCGGCAAGUUUCGCAGAGAUUUGACUGUGCUCUACCAAGCGAGCUAUGAAGUAGAUGAUGGUGUGAAGCAUCGCAUUGCGGCCACAGCCGUAGAGCCGACAUACACGAGGGAGGUCUUCUCGUGUUUUGAUGAACCUAGCAUGAAAGACGAGUUCACCCUCUCCAUCGUGGUGGAGGAGUCCUUUGUCAUCGUCUCGAACAUGCCCGUGGAAAAGUCUGUAGCCUUGGACCAUUCAUCUCAGAAGAUUGUGCCGUUUCAGAAGACCAUUUACAUGUCAAUAUACGUGGGUGCCAAUCUCACAAAAAGCCAAACACGUCGCCUAACUUCAAAAGCAUCUCGGUCCAGUAGCGGGACCCUUGGCCGAGGCAGAAUGCACAAACAGCAGGAUCCCCAUAUCAGCCUUUGUCCUUUCGGCAGUGAAGCGCAGGCUACUUUCGCAGCGGACCUCGCAGCCAAAGGCCCCCAGUUCUUCAAAGACCGCUUCGAUCUACCAUACCCGCUCCCAAAGCUCGACUUCUCAAUCUGCGCGACUGCAUCGGACUAUCGUGUGAUCUGA